UGUGCGCGUAGUUCGGUGCCGACGAGCACGGCGAAACGUCACGUUUGGAGCGAUAACGGUCAAGCUGUGCUGCUGAAGGUACAGCCUCGCGGGGUAUAAACAAUAAGAGCCGGCGACGGGCAUCGACCCCCUCCCACCUUCAUUCCUCGACUCGACUCCCCGUCCUCCCUCUUCCCACUCCCCCAUUCUCAAUGAACCAACGCGCAACAGCGUGCAAGUACACCCAACACACCAACACCGACACCUAAGCACACCACCAGCUUCAACAGACACAUGCCCCCCGAGGCCUGGGGACCGGGCCCGCCGACGCCCCCAGCUACACCGGACGCUACCCCGUUCCGCGUGCCCCCCUUUGCUGUCCGCGAUGCGGACGUGAAGAAGAUGUCCCGCGCCGCGGCGUUUGACGCCCGGCGCGAGAUCGACAGCAUCAAGACGUUCAUCCAGACCCGCAUGGCCGCUGGACACGGCGAGCGUGCCGUCCGUCGUGCGCUGCAGGCGAUGCAGGCCGAGAUGAUGGCCCGUGCGGCCGCCAUCACCGACGCACUGGUGUGGAUGGAGGAGCAGGCCGAGAUCGCCGAGCUCGAGGAGGCGCAGGCCAAAGUGCCCGCCCCGCCGCCGCCGUACGUGGACAAGGCGCCGGGGUACGAUGUGCCGUCUGCACCAGAGCCGGCGCCGGCGCCUGUACCCAUCACAGCCCCCCAGAUUGUGAUCACGCCACCUGCGCCCACAGCCGAGGGACAGCAGGUCCCCGCGCGUGUCUCGGCCCACGCCCACGCUGAAGACGAGUUCGUCCGCGCCUCGGCCAUGCGCGAGGUCGAAGCCCGUCUCGCGGACAUGGAGAUCCGCGAGCGCGCUAUGGAGCGGCGUCUCGGCGCGCGCGCCUCAGAUCCGCGCUUUGCCAAACUUCGUGAAGAGGUAGAAAUGAUAAAGGACCGCGUGGCGGAGAUGGCUGCCAAGGAGAAGAAGCGGCGGUGGGGUCGAAGUCGUCGACCAUGA